UCGCCAGGAAGCCUCUCGGAUACCAAAAAGCCCCAACGGCGCUGAUAUCAGUAUUAGCUAGCACAAGCUCUGGCACAUGUAUAUAUAGGCGUACACAGAGAGAGCUAGCGCGAUUCCUACUAUAUAUUCGUGCCGUGCGCUGUCUGAGCGAACAUCGAGAAUAUCCAGUAUAUAGAGCGCGCGCAGUCAGUCGGUGUGUAGGAAGGCGGGGCCCCCGCGCAGUCGCAGCCUCAGAUCAGCAUCCGUCUCUGUCUGACUCGCGGUAUAUCGCGCCUUUGGUCCGAUACUUGGGCAGCAGCGGUGGCGACGGCAGUAGCGCGCACUGCAUCAGCCAGGCGGAGUACAGUGCGAGCCCAGAGAGCUAGAGCAGCACAGUGUGUUGGUGUGGGUGAGUGCGCGCGCGUGCGCCUGCGAGAGAUAGAGAGAGAGAGAGAGAGAGAGAGAGAAAGAGUUAGAUCCCGAGGAGGAGACGACCGAGACGCAGUCGUCCUCGCCGAGUCCGCGCUUCCCGAGAGCGAGAGAGAGAGAGAGAGAGAGAGAGAGAGCUUAUAUAUAGCUCUCCCCUUGUGACUACUGUGUGUAUACAGUGUGCAGUGGUGCAGUGUGUGCUGCUGCUGCAGCCGACGACGGCAACGGUAGCGGCGGCGGCGGCGACGACGACGACGACGACGACGACGACGAAAGGAAGAGUCGAGUAGUCACACGCCUACAGCAGCAGCAGCAGCAGCAGUAGAGCUAGUGUGAAGGCGAGUGAAAGAGAGAGAGAUAGUGUGCGCGACUAGCAGACGACAUGUUGUUGGCUGCAGGAAGCACCGCCCCGUCCCGGACGUUGCUGCGCCCGCGAAGAGCCACCUCGGGCGACCUCGAGGUGAUUUUGUGAAAAGAAGAGGAGGUGAUCGUCGCAAGCAGCAAGAGGAGGAGGAAGAAGAGGAAGAAGAGCGGAGCCGCGACAUCGUCUACUUUGGCGCAGUCCCGUAGAGCUGCAGGUGAGGAGGAAGCGGAAGAAGAAGACGAGCGCCUGUAGUUCAGCAGUAUAGCGGAAAGGGUGGAAGGAGGCGGGGGAGACAGUGGAGGAGGGGGUGGCAGCAGCAGCAGCAGCAGCAGACAGCAGCAGCAGCAAAGAAGUAGACAGCAGCAACAGCAGCCUGACGGCGAGGGCUCGGCCAGCGGGAGCAGCAGCACCUGCACGGCAGCCGCUGCUGCUGCACACCAGGAGGAGGAAGCUGGAGGCGGAGGCGGAGGAGGCGGUGGAGGAGGAGGAGGAGGAGGAGGAGGAGGAGGAGGUGGUGGCGGCGGUGGUGGUGGUGGCGGUGGUGGCGCUGGGGGCGGCGCAGGGGAAGGACUCGCGUGUCUCUCGUGUGUCAUGGGGUGCUUCGGCAGUCAGAGCAGCAAGGCCAGCCAGGAUGACAGCAAGAACCAGAAGAGGCGCUCCGACGCUAUCACCCGACAGCUGCAGAAGGACAAGCAGGUUUACAGGGCCACCCACAGGCUACUCCUGCUUGGUGCGGGCGAGUCUGGCAAAAGUACAAUCGUCAAACAGAUGAGGAUACUGCACGUGAAUGGAUUCAGUGAAGCGGAGAAACGACAAAAAAUCGAGGACAUCAAGAAGAACAUCAGGGACGCUAUUUUGACGAUAACUAGUGCCAUGAGCACGUUAACGCCGCCCGUGACGUUGGAGGAUCCUGCGAACCAAAGCAGAGUCGACUACAUCCUCGACGUCUCGUCUUCCCCGGACUUCGAUUAUCCUGCGGAGUUUUACGGAAUCGUUGAAGCCCUCUGGAAGGACCGGGGCGUUCAGCAGAGCUUUGAGAGGAGUAACGAGUAUCAGCUCAUCGACUGCGCCAAAUAUUUCCUAGAUAAAGUAGCCAUCGUAAAGCAACCUGACUACACGCCCACGGAACAGGACAUACUAAGGUGUCGUGUUCUCACUUCCGGUAUCUUCGAAACGCGAUUUCAAGUUGAUAAAGUCAACUUUCACAUGUUCGACGUCGGCGGACAGAGAGACGAGAGAAGAAAAUGGAUACAGUGCUUCAACGACGUGACGGCGAUUAUCUUCGUGACGGCUUGCAGUAGUUACAACAUGGUGCUCAGGGAGGACCCGACGAAGCUGAGACUCCGAGAGAGUCUCGACUUAUUCAAAAGCAUCUGGAACAAUCGAUGGCUCCGCACAAUAUCAGUAAUCUUGUUCCUAAACAAGCAGGAUCUGCUUGCGGAAAAGGUAAAGGCGGGUAAGCACAAAUUGGAAGACUAUUUCCCCGAAUUCUCGAGGUAUCAGACGCCAAUCGAGCCAGGAGUCGUAGCGGACCCUUCAGAACCACCCGACGUCAUACGGGCCAAGUACUUCAUUAGAGACGAAUUUCUUCGCAUAAGCACGGCGAGCGGGGACGGUAAGCACUAUUGCUACCCGCACUUUACGUGCGCCGUCGACACGGAAAACAUCAAGCGAGUGUUCAACGAUUGUCGGGACAUAAUUCAGCGGAUGCAUCUGCGACAGUACGAGCUCUUGUGACUUGGUUCACGCGGUCGUCGCAACUCAUCUCUCGCCGCCUGUCCAUCCCGGCCCCGAGCCACGAGAUCCGGCGAAUCGUGCAGCUCGGGGUUCCUCUCCUCCGGCGCGUUCGGAUCGACCGAAGUGCUCCGUCAACGUGGGCAGUGAUCCCGAACGAACGAACGAGGAACACGUGAUGAUGCAACAACAACAGGAUCAGAAUUUUAUGAAAAUAAUACACACACCUACUCUCACUCACUCAUGCAUACGAAGAAGUUGAUGAUGAUGAUGAUGAUGAUGAUGAUGAUACAACAUACAGAGAAUACAACACGAAAACGCGCUGCACCUGUGCAAAAAAAACCAAGGAGAAUCGAGCGAACGAGAACAAGAGAAACGCAGAAGAACAAAAUGACUAGGGAAUGAGUAGUAAGAAUAAAAAAAACCGUUGAGAAACAAAGCGCAGUGCUCGGAGUAAGUAAGAAUAUCUAAGAGAGAAAUAAGAGAAACAAGGACUCUUCGACACAAAUUAAGUUUACGGAGAAAAGUAUAAAUCCUUCCUUUUCUUUAGAGGAAACGUUACGCGCGAAUAAUAAAGAGAAACCCUUCAGUUGCGUUCGCGAGCAACGCUGUCCGAGUACUCGGAGAUUAGAUGCGAACGAUCGAGGAAUGUACAUCGGCGAACCUAUUUCUAAUCUCACUGUCUCCCGACCCUGAUCCUCCGCCUUCUCUUUCACUGUUUAUCUCUUAGCCUCCUGUCUUUCUUUCUCUGUCCGAGCACCUCUCUUAUCCCCCCCUGUCCGAGUAGGAACGACACGAAGAAAAUUCAAACCGCGAAUACAUUCAUGUCAAAGUCCUUCACACACGAGCGAUGCGUACAUCACUCUGUCUGUCUCUCUUUUGAAUCUCUUUUUAUUCCGUUGGUCUCUUACCUUUUUUUACGUAUCGAAUGAAAGAUAGAACAAAAAACUUGCGAUUGCUUCCCUUUUGCACUCGUCCCCAAUCACUUUUACCCCUGAUGCUCUUGCCCCCCCCCCUCCCUCUCCUUCACCCCUUUAUUAAUAAAACAGCGUCGCGCGCAUUACUUUUGUACAGUUGUGUAAUUAUUUGUCCACGUGUAUAUCGAAUCUCUCGAGUUUAAAUUCGUCAUUAUGAACACUGUGACCCGAUUUGUAGAAGUCUCAGCCACGCCUUUUUACGAGAAGAGUAUUUUGUGAGAUUUUACAGUAUUUCGAAGAGCGUUUUAAUUAUAUAACUACUAUUUGUAUCUAGCGCGUGCGCCUGUCUUGAUUCUGUCGCGCUCUCGUGUACGCAUCGCCCGCCGAAUCCAUCCAGUGCUGCGUAUACGGCAAUUUCACUUCACCUAACGUUUAAUGAUUCGACUCGAUAAGAAACGAUAUCGAUAAUGAGGGCUCAUCAAUUAUUCAUUCGCUGUAUAACGAUUGUCAUUGCGAUUAUUGCAGUAGUAGUGAUGAUAAUGAUAAUAAUUAUAAAUUAAAGUGGCAAUAUACUUAUUUUAAUGACAAUUAUAUAAAAAGAAUAAACCAGCGACUGUGACAAUCGAACAUACAAUAUGUAUAAAACAAUAAUGAAGGUUAUAUGAGAAAUUUAUCGCUUUCACACGAGAAAUAAGUUGCAUCCGAUAUUGUAAUAACGAGAGAACGCACGUUACAUUAAUUGUUAUUGUACAAAUUGAAUUGAAUCCUUUAUUUUACUUUGUAUGUUGAUUUUCCGUUUUUGCUGCGAUGCUAAUUUUGCGACAGAUUUUACGUACUCGUUUUACAGUUUAUUUAUCAUUAAAUACUAUAUAAAUUUCUCAGUCUAUUCCCGGUGAUUCUCAUUUAUAAGCUGUUACUACUUUUUUUCCUCAAUAAAAUAUUCUUCUAGAUGAAAUUUCCGAAUCUGAUUUCUUUGAAUCUGUGCGUAAUUUUUUAACGAUGAGUAACAAAAUAUAUAUUUAACGACUUUUAACUUACACUGCUAAGGGACCUGUGAACUAAUAUGCAUCUAAAGCUUAGAGAUUACAUUACAUUAUUAAAUAUAAAAUUAUAAAGAAAAGAUAAUGCGUUUAGAAGCUAAAAAACCAGUGAGCCACGUUCAUGCACCCACUUGGUACAUGCACUGUUGUAUUCGCAAUCACAAGCACGGUGGUUACGAAUUUGUAGGUUUAUUGUCGAUAUCGUUUUUUGCCAAGUUGCCUUGUUUAGCUCGCAUGAGUUUAAACGCGCCGUCGGCACUGUCUGGAUUCAAUGCGGACUCGUGCUCUCGCCGCGAAAGAGUCAAAAUGCGUGUGUAAGCGUUAGUGUGAACGGAAGACAGCGUCGUUUUGUUGAAGAAGUUUUUUAAGUUGAAUCGAUUGAGAAAAGAGUUAUGAUUUAUUUCGUUUUUGUUAUACGACUUUCCAGAGUAUAUUAAGAGUAUAUAUCCUGAUUUCACUUAUUGAAGACCUGUACUUCAUGGAAUAAAGUAAAUGUUUCAGUUGUCCACGUAUAAUAUAUACAUUACAUAUACUCCACCCGUUAUUAUUUUGAACGAAACCUUUGAAAUUUGUUCGCGUUAUCGUACUAUAUUUGUUAUUCUGAUAAGUAAUAAGAGAGGAAUAUCAACGUCAAUUACUGGCACAUACAUAUACACAAUCGACACGACUGAAACAUUUACUUUAAGCGCAUUGAAAUUGCAAUUCUUCUUCGAUUAUUGUAUGAGAGAAAAAAAAUCAUUGCAAGACUGUUUUCAAUGUUUAGAAACUUUUGAGAAAAAAUAAGGGAAAAAUCAAUAACUUUCCUAAUCUCGUCACAAAUAUUUCGCGCAACUUUUUACCAAUUCUUUCAAGCAAUUUUCAUAUUCAGACCACUGAUGAGUUCUCGCUUAUACAUACAUAUAUAGAAAAUUGCGAAUUUUUAAGAUUGUACAUUUCUCUCAGUGUGCAGCGUUCGAGAUGAUAAAUAAACUGAGAAAAGAAUAAAGAAAAAAAAACAAACAAAAAACUAUAGAAAGCUGUAUCGACUAGAUAGAAAGUACAUAAGUCUCAUCCUUCCCUGAAAAAUUUUAUUUGUUACUGCGUGUUUAGAAGGAAAAAAAAUCAUCGUGAAAUCAUCACUUGUCCAUAGAUGACGUGCGGUGAGUCGACUGAAAUCUAUAUGAAAACCAGCGAAUCGUGGCGAUCUGUAAGAGUACGUCGAUUCACUUAGAUUAUUUAAUAGUCCAGAAAAAAACUAAAAAAAAAAUAAAUAAACUAAAAUAAACAAAGAAAUGUACCGGAAUGUGUGGCGGGAAUCAAUAAUCUGUCUUCGUAAAACAAAGCGAGUGAAGAAUGAAUUGAAAAGUCGAAAUUCGCGAAUCGAACGAGCGCUAGAAAACAGCGAGCAAAAAAACUUUUUUAUCGGUGCCAUUUUCAUGCGUGUAAGUAGCGCGACAAAGAAUGGAAUCAUAAGAUUUAAGGAAAAACGUGUAUACAGAGAAAGAGAGUUGCAUUAUAAAUAUAAAUAAAUGAAUCUAAUAAGAGAAGUCAGCGAAACAUACGAUCGUGUUUCUAAUCUAUAAUAUAGAUUGAAUAAAAAAAAAAAACAAAAAUAAUGAAAACAAUGUGGUGAGAAAUACAUAAACACACACAUACGCACGUGGAAAAUAAGCGAAGAGGAAGCCAAGAAGGUGCGGAGUAAGAGGCGAAGACGGAGGAGGAAAUAUUUCAUUCUCAUUCUGUGAUGAUUGUCUGCAUAUAUAAAAAAAGAGAGAAGAACAAAGACGCGUUUAGGUAAAUUUAAACUAACGACCUUAAUUUGAAACGGUGAUUGGAGCGAAACCGACUUAGCUAUACGCGAUAAGAUUUUAUUAUUUAAGGAGACACUUAUAUCGCUAAACAAAUUCUCCCUUCCGUUCUCUGAUUUUCAUCGCAGUAUUAAUUCUAAUGCUUUGUACAAAUGAUUCAGCGAUCGCCACUGCGUUAAUAAGGGCGAUACCAAACCAAUUUAGAUAAUACAUUAUAUAAGGGGUAACGUAAAUCGUAAACGUCACACAGUAUAAGGUAUACGUUAACGUGAAAUAACAAUAAAAAAACAUCAGAAAAAAUGUAACGAGACGAGACGAGGCGAGGCCGUUGAUUUUUACAAUGCAUACCACAUGAAAUAAAUGUCUCCUUAACGAUUGUUGUAUUAUGAAUUAAUUAAUGAGCAAAGAAGAGAGGACUCUAGCCAUAAGUUUAUGCAGAUUACGACGAUGCAUAGAUUACGCGGUCAUACGCAAAACGGAGAAACACAUUCACUUACACACAGAGGACGAGAACACGAACAAUAACAGAGAACACGGAAAUCCACAGAGCAUUAUAACGAAGACACACUUACGAACUCAUGUAUAAACACAUACACACACGUACACACAGUCACGGAAACGCAUACGUACAUACGGAGAGCCAGUAAAAUGUAUACCGCCGACAAUGGAUUCCCGAGGACGCAUUGAUUUUGCCGAAUAGUCGGACAAUACUCGACCAAGGUUGCGUUAAAGCGGUGCUUCGUGUGUAAAUCGCGCGCUUGUCACUCUCUCGUCGUCGUCGUCGUGUGUGCGCGCGGCAAGGUCGAUGCUUCUUCCGAAGUUCAUUCUAUCUUUCUCUCUUCCUAUCUAUCUCUAACUCUAUCCUCUCUCUCUCUCUCUCUCUCUCUCUCUCUCUCUCUCUCUCUCUCUCUCUCUCUCUCUCUCUCUCUCUCUUUCUUCGACACGAAACACAGUCUCUCCCUUUCCCUUCCCCUCCCCCCCUCUCUCUCUCUCUAAAUAUAAGUAUAAAAACAAAUUAAAAAAGUUAGUGCGCGCUAAGGCGCAUUAACGAAAAAACGCCCCGCAAGCGAAUGCAAAUGGAAGAUCCUUAAUAAAAACGCAGUAUGAUCAUUUAUAUAUACCCUGAAAGUUAAUUGUUUACCUUUGCUUUCGAGAGUAUUUUAAGAGUUAUGUGUAUAAAUUAUAUGUGUAAUUAAAACAAACAGAAGGAAAAAACAUGAACAAAGUCAUUCAGUAAAUUCUGGACCUCUAUGUUUCACAUGUAUGCAAUUGUGUUUCCAAUGAUUGCAAUAGCGGUAUGGUUUUCCUUUUUGAGAUUAAUAUAUAACAUAUAUUUAAUAUGAUUUAGAGAAUAAUUUUUUAUUGAAACGACAAGAUGUGUUUUCUCAAAGAAACAUGAAAAUCAAAAAAAUUAUUACGGAGUUACGUAUAUAAUUUUUCAAGUGUAAAGUUAACUAAAUAAAAUUUAAUUGAAAUUUUAUCGAGGAUUAUGUGAAGCGAAGUAACGAAAACACACACGUACAGUUUGUUUUUCUGCAGUCAGAGACUUUAUUCAAAAAGUAUGAUUAGAAAAGAGCGAGAAUAUUUCAUUUGUUGUUGCGAACAUUUGGAAAAAAGAUACCUUUGCUCUAAAUAUUAAUUAUUAAGUUUGUUUUUGGUAAUUUACGUUUAUCGAACAGUUUGAUGUCUUCUUAAAUAAAUGAGUUGCGCUUGUGAUUCGAGAGCCGCUAACUCUGCUACUACUGGAGCCAUUUCUUGGACGUGAUCUUCGUAAUUCGAUCCUGUAGUCAUAAGAAAGUUUUAUGAAUGUCACAUUUUUUUAAUUGCUGAAGUACAUACUUAAAUAAUUAGGUUAAA